GGACUCUACUCUCCCAUUAUUUGACUGGCUGAAGGUAUUGGAGUCAGCCUCUGUGCGCGCGCGCGCCACUGUCACUGUGUGUGUGUGUGUGUGUGUGUGUGUGUGUGUGUGUCUGUGGCAGAGGGAUAAAGGGAGAGAGGAAGAAGAGCACCGUUUCAUCUCCCCCUCUGGCCUCCCCAUCUCCCUGCUCCCUGUCACUCCGUCCUCCCUCCCUCCUGGAUCGCCCCUCAGCAGCUGCACCGGCCAGGACCCUCCACCCGUCACCCCCUUUGACUCUCCUCUCUUCACCGUCCCGCCUUGUCAACUGCAGAAUUGUCUACUCAAUAUAAGAAGAAGAAAAAACUUUAAUUACAUCCAUAAACCCCUUUAAAAGAAUAUCAAGGCUUAGGUGGAAUUGUGCUGGACAGAACAAAUUCCCCCAGUCUUCUGGAAGUGUGACAGCACUUGGUCACAUGACCUGGAAGAAAAAACUCAAGAGACCUUUUGGAUCCCUCUCUGAAUGGGCUGGAUAUCAAGCUGGAAAGAAGUGGGAAGGCUGAUGCACUGAUCCGCAAGGCAACACAGCUGCACUCUCUCUCCUCCUCACCUAGUCUGCCUGACCUCACCAUUUAUGCCCUGAGAGCUGCAAGCCUGCACGACUCCAGUGACUGGUUGGCUGCCAUACCAUCUCUCUCUUUCUGCUCUUGGGGUCUUCCUUUUCUCACGUGACCACACUCCUGCUUCUCCUCCAAUCCCAGUAUGGAACCCAGCAAAGUGCAGUCAGAAGGUGGGCUCAACGUCACCCUGACCAUCCGCCUCCUCAUGCAUGGCAAGGAAGUUGGAAGUAUCAUUGGAAAGAAAGGGGAAACUGUGAAGAAGAUGCGUGAAGAGAGUGCUGCUCGUAUCAACAUCUCUGAAGGGAACUGUCCAGAGAGGAUUGUCACAAUUACAGGACCCACUGAUGCCAUUUUUAAGGCCUUUGCCAUGAUCGCCUACAAGUUUGAAGAGGAUAUAAUCAAUUCCAUGAGCAACAGCCCGGCCACCAGCAAGCCCCCCGUCACCCUGCGCCUGGUGGUCCCAGCCAGCCAGUGUGGCUCUCUCAUUGGGAAGGGGGGCUCCAAGAUCAAGGAGAUGAGAGAGUCCACGGGAGCCCAGGUACAGGUUGCUGGGGACAUGCUGCCCAAUUCCACUGAGCGCGCCGUGACAAUCUCAGGCACCCCGGACGCCAUCAUCCAGUGUGUCAAACAGAUAUGUGUGGUCAUGCUGGAGUCCCCACCGAAAGGUGCCACCAUCCCCUACCGCCCAAAGCCCGCCUCCACCCCCGUCAUUUUUUCAGGUGGCCAGGUAAGAGCCGACCCGCUGGCCGCGUCCACAGCCAAUCUCAGCCUUUUACUGCAGCACCAGCCACUGCCUGCUUACACAAUUCAGGGACAAUAUGCCAUUCCACAUCCAGAUCAGUUGACCAAGCUCCACCAGUUGGCUAUGCAGCAAACUCCCUUUACUCCCCUUGGACAGACCACCCCUGCUUUCCCCGGUCUGGAUGCCAGUCCCCCGGCCAGUACUCAUGAACUCACCAUUCCCAAUGAUCUAAUAGGCUGCAUAAUUGGGCGCCAGGGAACCAAAAUUAAUGAGAUCCGUCAGAUGUCUGGAGCACAGAUCAAAAUUGCUAAUGCCAUGGAAGGGUCAUCAGAGCGUCAGAUAACCAUCACAGGAACGCCUGCUAACAUCAGCCUUGCCCAGUACCUCAUCAACGCAAGGCUGACGUCUGAAGUCACUGGAAUGGGCACUCUCUAAUUUCUACCCAUCAUCCUUCACUGCAUCACAUGACCCUUGAGCCAAUGGCAUUGCACCUAGUUUGUUUUCUUUUCUCUGUACUUGGCUUUCCUGUAUUUUAAGUGAAUCAAACUUAUUUAUAUUCUGUAAUCACUACAUAUUUAAAAUCUCCAGUUCUGUGUCGUUCUUACUGGUCCCAUAUUGUUAUCUUGAUGCUUCCCAGUUUCCCAGGUUCUCCUUAUCCCUUCAUUUUAAAGGACACCACUUUUUUGGCACUCUAGUACUUUUCAUGUUAUUCUCUGGCAUUCUGCUUUGAAAGGCCCCAGAGCCCCAGUGACUUUCACUGUGAAUUCAUGCUUUGUUUUUUUGCUGCUCUUUUUUUAAUUCAGGUUUUGCUAGUCCUGCACCGUUGCUAUCAGAGCCAGAACACAUUCUUUACUAUUGCCGGUUUUCUAACAAACCAAAACAGUAAUUACUAAAGCCCAAGAGACAGUGCGGCAUCUUGCACACCAAAAGCCCCAGAGCCCCAGUAAUCUGUUGCUCUCUUGUAUUUUCAUUGUGUGGCAUGACCCCACAUAGGUUGACCAUUAUCAGCCAGAAUUUUGUAUUUACUUUUGGAGCUGCUGGCAAAAAAAAAGUAAAUAAAUAAAUACAAAUAUACAAAUAAAAAACAGAACUAAUAAAUAAUGGUUGAUUGAUUUAGCUUGUGUUUACUGCAUUGCAGCAUGGUGGAAGGUCAGUUUUAGUCCUCAUUACAAAUGUAUUCAGGUUCAAUGUGAUAUAGCAGAAUUUGUUUGUAGUCUAUUUUCAUAUAUAAUCUCUUUGUAAGUAUGUAGGCAAUACCUUACAAAAUGGAAAAAGCUGAAAAAAUGAUAGCUGCUGGUACCUUUAAAAGUGAAUAGAGAUUUGCUGAUAAUGAUGCCUGAUUAAUUUUUCUUUCAUGGAACUGCAUCAUGCCUCCAUCACACAUAGCCAUAUUACUCUAGUCUGACAUAUUGCUCUCUGGUUUUUCCACUAAAACUCCCAUCUAUUAGGCAAACAGGAAGUGCAUGUGUAAGUGCCUGCACACAGAAGAUAUAGACUAGUGGUUGUUCUUUUCCAGCAGCAUGUUGAGCAUCCAUGUAAGCACCCAGCCAACAAAACCAACAACAAUAAUCUCUACAUUACAAUUUGUUUCUCAGCCAUCCAUAGUCAACCACUUUGAUCAGUUCAUUUGAGAAUCCAAGGUUUAAUGGCAGAUUAUAGCACUCCGGAGGUUUUCUCAAAUUGCUGUAGCACAGAGAUCCUCAGAUGAUAGUAAAAAUCUAUCGUUUUGAUCUGUAUCUCUAAGUCUUCAUGAGCAUGACCCUGCAGUGCAUUUGGGGAACUGUCUGCCUCCCUUAGCAUCAUGAUUUUUUCCUUCUUUGGCUUUGUUCAUUCUGGCUUAAGACCACCAUGGCUUGUUUAACAGCUGCCUUCCUGUAGUUGCUUUCCAGAAUCUUCAGCUAUAGCAUAGUCUUGCUUGUUUCCCUUUUGUAAGUAACUGGUGCUGGUAGUGAUCUUGUUGUUGCUGAAUUUCAGAUCAGUAAGCACAGCUUUAAGUGUAGACUGCUUUGCUUUUUAACUGUUAUCACUGUCAGAAUUAAUUAGAGGACUCACUGUGCACACCAGAACAAGCAUAGAGAUAAAACCCGUUAUCCGACUGUUACAUGCAGUUGCUUGUAGAUUUCAGAGCUUUACUGGUUUUGUAAUCUCAAGUUAUGAUUCAUGUAGAGACCCUUCCAGAGCCAUGUGUAGCUUUAACUGAUGUCAGGUCUUUGUCAAUAAAGCCCUUGGCUUUACCUCUAUUCAUUUAGGUUCCUAUAGGUGACGCUCUUACCUUCAUCUUAAGUACACAGUGUCUCUCCAGUCUAGAUAAUGAGACCCUGUCAUUGUUAAUAAACCAUAGCUUCUCAUCCUAAUCAUUUAAAUCUCAUAAAAGUCUAGGUCUGAGAAUUGAAUGUAAUUGCUGUAGUGCUGGUCAUUUGCCAAUUUUAAAAAAUAAUUUCCACAAUUAUCUUCAUAAUUCCACUGUUCAGAGAAGAAAGACCCAUUUCUUGGCUUGAUUUUCCAUAAUAAGUGCAGUUUUGAACUAAUUUAAAAGUGCUUCUAGUCUGGGACUGAAGCAGUCUUACCACACUGUGGACAAAUCAAUAUGCAACUGAAUGUGAAUCCACUGCACAACACUUUGAAAGGUAAUUAGACUAAAGUCUGAAAUUUAUUUGUGAAUUACUUUGUGCUGUGAGCUCAAAACUUUUGUAAUUUUGAAACUCAAAAAUGUUAAUAUGCACAUGUAUACACAUGGUUAUCAUAGGACAGUGGUGCACAUGGCUAUCAUAGGACAGUGGUGCACAUGGCUAAGAUAAUGUACGAUUGUAGCUAUAAAAUGGCUACAUUAACAGAUUAUAUUAGCUACAGUUUUUAUUAGUGUUUAAACAUACAUAUUCUGUUAGCGAUAGUUUUUUUUUAAAUCUCAGAUACACAGAUUUGCACCAAGUUGAAAUGAGGUUUAUGUCUGUGCUUGGGUCUGUGUUUGGGGUUUUUAAAUAUUAAGUUAGAUUGUAUGUUUCAAGCAAGACUGUGUCUUAUAAUAUUUGUAUGGAAUGUUCUAUUUGUCAUGUUUUGGACAAUAAUGUGCUGCACUGUAACUCACUGUACAGAAGCAUAAUAUUCUCACAGCAUGCUUUGUAACUGACACUUCAAAGAAGCUUAGUGCUUUACCAAGGUAGGCAGUUAUUAUUAUUAUUAUUGUUGUUGUUGUUGUUGUUGUUGUUGUUGCUGUUGUUGUUUUUAUUAUAAUUAUUAUUAUAUGCAAUACAAUAAUUUAGUGGGAGUGCAAUGAUGUUUAGUAUUUAAACAUUUUUUCCUUCUCCCUGCUUUUUCGGUUUAUUUCUUCAUUGUCAAAUAUCAUGACAUUGCAUUUUCCUGUCUUCAUUCACAUACUGCAUUUGCACACACAAUAACAUGUAUUAGCUCAGCAUAGGCCUUUAUUUGUCCUCACAACUAAUGCACAUAAAUUAGCUUUUUUACUGUUAGUUUCAUUGUUCAUGCCCAGGCUUUCAGUGUACUAGAGCAGCAAAAAACAAGGGCCCUUUCCUCUUUGUGCUUCUGUAAAUUAUGUUGUUUUUAAAUGUAAUAAAGUGAUUAUUUAACAUUAGAUAAUUUGCUGCUUGCAGGUCUAUGUUAGGUUUACAUUACUGAAGUUAGGUUACCUUUAAAAUGUUUUGUAAAGGGAGAAAAAUAAAGUUUUUUUUUCCCUUGA